AUGACCCAAGAGCAGUCUAUUAUUAGAUGUGCGAAUUGUAAACAAACACCACGUAGUGGAAUGAAACUUAUGGUCUGCCGUGUGUGUCAACAAUAUGGUCGCCACAAGUUACCACAAUACUUCCCAUGCCAUUUCUGUUCCAUUAACUGUUAUCUCAGUAAAAAAUCCACACAUUUACUAUUACAUUCUCGUUUGGAGAACUUUGAACAGUUACUUCAAACAUAA